AUGGCCAUCCCGACAAGGAUCGCAGAACUGGCAGACAUCAUCGCCACCAAAACGAAAAUAGUAGACGACUACAUCCGAUCUCAUGAUCUUCCUUCUUUAUCCUUCGAAGCAAAUGGCUCGCUUGCAGUACCGGUCCCGGAGUCGGCGACCGAAGUAAUCGAGGCACAACAUGAAGUGAUUGCGUGCACGCAGGAGCUGAAUGAACUGAUGAAAGGCCCUACAGAGGUUCUUAAGACGCGCUUUGUAGCAGACAUUUUGGAAAUCCAGUUUGUCCAGCGCUUCGGCAUUGCGAAGCUUAUUCCCCUGGAUGGAGCUAUGUCCUACGAGGAGCUUGCCGCAGCAACAGGCCUCGACAUGAUUGAUAUCAAGCGAGUAUUGAAACGUGCCAUGCUCAAUCACUUCUUCCAAGAAAAGGACUGUAAAGUAGCCCACACGUCGACAUCACGGGUUAUGCAAGAGAACGAGGCAGUAACCAAUAUUGCUGAGUUAUUCACCGAGGAGAUCUGGCCGAGUUUCGCCAAGACAGUUGAGGCGUUAGACCGGUUCAAAGGACGGCCACACGUGCCAGAGGAGACUGGAUUUAGUAUCGCAAACAAUACUCCGAAAGGGAUGUAUGCAUUCUUUUCGGAAAGUCCAGUGCGUAUGGAACGCUUCGCCAGAGCUAUGGGUGGGUUUGCCGCAACUGAAGACUUUAGCCUUGCUCUGACAGGCUUCGACUGGACCAAGGUAUCAACGGUAGUUGAUGUUGGUGGCGCAUGGGGUCCCUGCUCUAUCGAGCUGGCUAGAGCGUUCCCAGACUUGAAGUGCAUUGUUCAAGAUUUCGAGGAUGUGGUUGCCGAAGGGCCUUCUAAGGUACCUGCAGAACUGCGUAGCCGUAUCUCAUUCGAAGCGCACAACAUGUUCGACCCGCAGACAGUUGUAGGCGCAGACGUGUACUUUUUCAGGGCUAUCUUCCACAACUGGAGUGACGUACGAUGUGUCGAGAUAUUACGGUCACACAUGGACGCUCUCAAGCCGGGUGCCCAUAUCGUCAUCAACGAUAAGGUCUUAGCGACACCGAAGGUAAGCCCGCCAUGGGCGGAGAAAAAGUCUCGAACCAUGGACUUGACUAUGCUCGCUCUUUUUGGAUCGAGGGAAAGAACCUAUGAAGAUUGGGUUGACCUAAUCAGAGAAGCAAGUCCAAGGUUCCAAGUCAAUUACGCCGGGCCACCUAGCCAUAUAAUUGACAUUGUUUGGCAAUGA